AUGAGUGAUAGCGCCAUCGGUCUGGAUGCGAAGUAUUUCGUCCGCUCGUUCAUCCGCUUCCUAGCGAAGCAAAUCGACCAACCCAACUUCAACGAAGACUCCCGGGAAAGUAUCGAAGUGGCCAUACAGUGCUUGGAAAACGUGUACGAGCUGAACGAUGGUGACGAUGCGGCGGGUACGGGAGGAGAGGCGAGCGUCAAAAAGGAAGACGACCCCCGGAACCAUGUGGACUUGUACGAACUGUACCGGAGCACGUACGUAGAGGUUUCGCCGGAACGUAAACAGGAAGCGGAAGUGCUAAAGAACGAGGGCAAUCGAUUGAUGAAGGAGGAGAAAUACCAGGAAGCCCUCAACACGUACACAAAAGCCAUCAAUCUAGAUGCAACCAAUCCGGUAUUUUAUUGCAACCGGGCAGCGGCAUAUAGCCGGCUGGGUGAUUAUGUUCGCGCAGCGGAUGACUGCCGGAUGGCACUUAGGCACGAUCCCAACUACAGUAAGGCUUGGGGCAGGCUGGGACUGGCGUACUCGAAGAUGAACGAACACAAACAGGCGGUCACAGCGUAUCAGAACGCGAUACGCCUCGAGCCGGAAAAUCAAGACUACAAAAAUAAUCUGGGUGUGUCGCAACAGUUCCUUGAGGAGCGUUCGCGCAAUCCCGGACCUUCAGCGGGCGCCGGUGGUAAUCCUCUAGCCAACAUUGAUUUUGCUUCGGUUAUCAACAACCCGGACAUGGUGCAAAUGGCAACCCGUAUGAUGAGCGAUCCGACAAUGCAUAACAUAUUGGGCCAGCUGGGAGGGAUGAACAAUAUGGACGCACUGCUGGAGACAGGCCGGCGCUUGGCAAUGCAGAUGAGCAGUGAAAAUCCGGAACUGUUCAACAAUGUCGCGCGCCAGAUGGAACAGGCCGGCAUUAACUUACCCCGCAACAAUCCGCCCAACCCGGACGGCAGUCAACCACCGCCACCACCACCUCCAUCGGCCUCGUAA